CACCGCCCGUGGAAUGUUUACUGAAUUUUGGCCUACACGGUAAUUUAAAUCACGUAGAGUAUGUUCAACCGGUAUUUUUUUCAAUAUCAUACAUUUAUUUUGUUUGUGAUAUCGUUACAUGAAAAUGGAAAUUAUAUGUAUGACAUUCAUAUCGGCAGUGAUUCAUUUAUUUACUUCUUGUUCAGGUGUCACGCCGACCAGUGUGUUUGUCGAUAGUUGUUACAGAGUUUUAGAGUUAACAGAUGAUCGUGACAAGUUCGUGCUAUAUUAUGACGGUGCUACUAUUACAGAUUCGAGAGACAAUCGUUGCACACCUAUUGUUAAAAUACAGUAUGACAAUUCUUUUAAUGAACAUAACUUCUGUGUAGAACUGGUUUCUGCCCCAAACACAUGCAGAAAUUCAGUCGUUUUUCAGUCUCACACUUGUGAUCAGAUUCGACAAAACGCUGUUUGUGAAGACAGCGCGGAAGUUUAUAUUACGUUCAAACCUUGGAAAAAUUUGGGAGAUGUGAUAGGAGAUUUGAAAAUUAAAAUAUAUAAACGAACAAUUACAGAUGCUCGCGCAGAACAGAGAAAAGAGAGUCAUGCAACUUUGUACGUUGGUAUUGCUGUUUGUGUCUUUGUUGUCGUCCUUAUUUCCGUUAUUGCCGUUUACAGACGUAGAAUCAGCAGAAGACAAAAUGCACAACCUGAAGUAGUCCUAUAUCAUUCAGAGGAACAGGAUCGAAGUCAAACUGACGUAACUUCUGCUGGUCCGCCAUCUUAUGUUGAAGUAAUGGCCGCCACGGAUCAACAAAACAAUGCAUGCGGUACUUCUCAUACAGAUGUUUCAGAGCCUACAGCAGCUCCUGUUUAUGAUAACGAAGUACAGGAGGAUCCGCCCCCACCAUACCCAGGGUAUUCGUAGUAAUCAACCUAGACUGACAUCUUUAACCUGAUAUUACAGUAUUUAUGACACAAUUAGCAUGAAAUGCACUAAUGCUGAUGAUCCUGGUACUGCAUGGUUAUUUGCGGGUUUGGCAUAUAUAGCUGAAACUAAAAAUUUCAAGGGGGUACCCUGUGAGAGAGGGGACAUCUGACUUGUGUCCUUACCAGAACAGUAACAGAGUGUAACAGUCUCUACGGAAAUAUCGAUGGUGUUUUAGUUGCUCGUAUACGAUCAUUCGCUUUAUCAGCGUAAGAGAAUUUCUGUGUACAACUAUUUUCAGCAGACUAAAUGUUAUCCUAGUAGUCUUCCAUUUCAGUUACGGGUGGAAAAGAAAUUGGCAUAUAUGUUAAAACUUGACAAAAUUUUGUAAACAUCUAUGGGUGCAGUCCUUUCAUUCUCAAUGAAGGACGAACGUUAUUUUCGCUUGGAGUUUGAACAUUACGUAUGUGUUCACUCGUAAUCAUCUGUAAAGCCGGUGUCCGUCUGCGUAGGGAAGGGAUUGAAUUGGUAAUCCAGGGGACGCUGGUUCGAUCCUCGGGCGAGAUAAAAUUUUCUCAUGACGAUUGGUCUCGGAUAUUGAGUAUAAUGGUAAUUGUCGCCCACCACUGAUUCAGAAAUCGUGUAGUAUUAGUUGUAGAUGCGUGCGGCCAUGGAGCUAAAUAUAACAGUUUAUAUAUCUGUGAUGCGGAGGAAUUUGUAAUUACUUGCAUGGAGCUAAAUAUUGUUUAUAUAUCUGUAUUACUGGUUAAUUAUCCAAGAUACUCUCAAUUCUAUUAGUAUGACCAAAAAAGAUUAAUUGACAAACAAAUAAUGUCAAAUGCUGAAAAUGUUCUUAAAAUUUCUUAAAAAGGACUGUAAGAUAUCUAUUGUUACAGAGUUGGAUUAGCAUAUAUUAACUGUUAUUAUAAAAUACAACGUGACAUGGCGACCAGCUUUGAGCAGUUCAAGUGUAUCAAAUGUGUACAUGUAAAUACUUACCAGUAAUUUGUUAUUGUGUAACAUUAUCACUUUGCACUUUUUUUAAAUAUUUUUUAAUUAAUAUUUCACAUUAUUAUUUAUAUGAACCAUUGUUAUUGACUGUUAUAUAUUUUUGUUAUUUGCCAUUUUACAAUUUUGAGAUGACAAAAUAAUUGUAAUAAAAGUGA